AGAGAUGAGAGUACUGAAUCCUCCCCGUUUAACAAAUUAGUACUCUCUUCCUUUCCUUGAUAAACACAUUUCCAACUUCUCAAUCAAAACUCAAAAGCUUCCAUCCCAUCUUGCAUGCAAAAUGGUGAAACUCAGGUCACCUUCCUGUUCUUUUCUGAUCAUGGUCACCUUGUUUUACACCAUCGAAGUUGAUUCCAAGAAGUGCCAUGGUGAAUGCACUGCUUUAGCUUCAUACUACUUAUGGGGUGGAGCAAAUCUAACACUACUCACCGAGGCCUUCAACACAAACUAUAGUAACAUCAUGGGUUAUAAUCCACAGAUAUAUAAUUUUGACAAGAUUUACAAAGGCCAGAGAGUGAAUGUUCCAUUUCAAUGUGGGUGUUUAAGGGGUUCAGAUUCUGAGUUUCUUGGUCAUCGCUUUAGUUUCAAAAGUAAAACUGGGAAUACUUAUAAGACGAUUGCUGAUAUUGUGUAUUCUAGGCUUACUAGAGUGGAAUGGUUAGUUGAGUUCAAUGAUUUUCAUGCUAAUCAGCGGAUUGAAAAGAAUCAAAGUUUAGAUGUUCCGGUGCUAUGCUCUUGUGGUAAUAAGAAGGUUUCCAAGGAUUAUGGGUUGUUUAUUACGUAUCCGUUGAGGCCUGGUGAGAAUUUGUCUUUGGUGGCUAAAAGGGUUGAACUUUCGGAGAAGUUGUUGAUGGAUUAUAAUCCUGGUGUGGAUUUUAGUAGCGGAAGUGGCAUGGUUUUCAUUCCCGGCAAAGAUCAAACUGGGAGUUACCCACAAUUAAAAUUAAGCUCGAGUAGGUGGUUCUUUACCUCUUACAGUCUCCUGAAAAUUUUGGCAGGAAAACAUGUUGAAGCCAUUGCAAGCCUAUGCAUUGCAGGUGUUACCGGGACUCUUGCAUUGGCUGCUUUUUUCUACUAUUGUGUCUACAAGCGCAGAAUCUUUGUUAAAAGAUCAUUCAUUCACCCCGUAGAGACUAAGAUCGGAUCUAGUGCUUUCAGUGGCAUCUGUUCCUUAAGGCAUAUGAGUAUCAUAACUGACAAAUCAUUGGAAUUCCCAUAUUCUGAACUUGCUGAAGCCACUAGAAACUUCAGCCUAGCUAACAAGAUUGGUGAAGGAGAGUCUGGUUCUGUUUACUAUGCAGAGCUAAGAGGAGAGAAAGUUGCAAUCAAGAAAAUGGAUAUGCAAGCUUCGAAAGUAUUUGUGGCUGAACUGAAGGUUUUGACAAAUAUUCAUCACUUGAACUUGGUGCGCUUAAUUGGAUAUGCUGUUGAGGGUUCCUUGUUUAUAGUAUAUGAAUUCAUGGCGAAUGGCAACUUACGCCAGCAUCUACGUGGUUUUCCAGGGAAGGCACCAUUAUCAUGGUCUAGCAGGGUGCAAAUUGCACUCGAUGCAGCGAGAGGACUAGAAUAUCUCCAUGAGCACACUAAUCCAGCCUACGUUCAUCAUGACAUCAAGUCCUCUAACAUUUUGCUAGACAUAAAUUUACGUGCCAAGGUUGCCAAAUUUGGGUUGGCAAAACUUGAAGAAGUUGGGGCUGGUUCCUUUCUAACUCAAUUUUUGGGUACUUUUGGGUACAUGCCUCCCGAAUAUUAUUGUGGAGUAACCUCCACCAAGAAAGAUGUAUAUGCUUUUGGAGUUGUUCUUUAUGAACUAAUUUCCGCUAGAGCAGCCAUUGUCAAGUAUGGCGAAGAUUCUGUGAUAGCAUUGGGACUUGAUGACGGUGAAGAUUCUAUGAGAGAGGUGGAACUUGUUGCUAUGUUUGAAGAGGUAAUGAAUCAGCCCGACCCCAGCACAGAUCUCCUCCGAGGCUUGGUGAUGACUAUCCAAUCUACUCGGUUUGUAAGGUAGCCCAGCUUGCUAAAGAUUGUACACUACGAAAUCAUGUACUAAGGCUAAGCAUGAGGUCAGUUGUGGUUGCCCUCAUGACACUUGUAUCCGGAAGUAAGGACUUGGAAGCCAGUUCAUCAGAGAAAAACCGAGAUCUUGUUACCUGAUGUCUUGAGUAUAGCUUAUGACUGGAGUCGUCGUGUUUCCAUUGCUGUUUAAAUGUAUUUAUAUUAGCUUAUAAGAAGUAUGCAUAUCUCGGGCUGGGGAUGCUGCUUUCGGUAUAUACAACAAUACUAAACUGUCAUAAACAGAGGCCUUUCUCUGUAUUUUGUGACAGUUUCAACUUGAAGUACUAAGUGACAGUCAUUGAUCAGUUGGAUGACCCAAUUGCAAGUUUCCGGUCA